UCCCUAGAUUACUAUUACUAAUCUCCUUACAGUUGAGCCAGAUCCGUCUCACUAAAAGUCUCUCCCUUGUCCCUCGAAGAUUGACACUUUUCCGGCGUUUUCGUCUCACCGUCGUCUUCCUCUCGCCUUAGCUUCAUCGAAGUCGUCUUCUGCUUCGUCUGUUGGUGUAAACCGAAACCAAACUUAAGUUCUCUACGCACUGUACGAUGAACGAUCUUCUUAAGGGUUCGUUUGAGCUUCCACGGGGAGAAUCUUCUAGACAAAGUGAUGUCGAGCUAGGUGAACAAGGAGGUGAUCAAGGUUUAGAAGAUUUCUUCAAGAAGGUUCAAGACAUUGACAAGCAAUAUGAAAAGCUUAAUAAGCUUCUUAAGAAACUUCAGGCUGCCCAUGAGGAGUCCAAGGCUGUGACCAAAGCUCCUGCCAUGAAGGCAAUAAAGAAGAAAAUGGAAAAAGACGUUGAUGAAGUCGGAAGUAUUGCUCGUUUCAUAAAGGGCAAACUCGAGGAGCUAGACAGAGAGAACUUGGCAAAUAGACAAAAACCUGGGUGUGGGAAAGGGUCUGGUGUGGAUCGAUCAAGAACAGCGACCACACUUUCCUUAAAGAAGAAGUUUAAAGACAAGAUGGCCGAGUUCCAGGUUCUAAGAGAAAACAUCCAACAAGAGUAUCGCGAGGUGGUUGACAGGCGUAUUUAUACAGUAACUGGAGAGCGAGCAGAUGAAGAUACAAUUGAUGAGUUGAUUGAAACUGGAAACAGCGAACAGAUCUUCCAGAAAGCGAUUCAAGAGCAAGGAAGAGGACAGGUGAUGGACACGUUGGCGGAAAUUCAAGAACGUCAUGAUGCUGUCAGAGACUUGGAAAAGAAACUUCUUGACUUACAACAAAUUUUCAUGGACAUGGCAGUUUUGGUUGAUGCACAAGGAGAAAUGCUUGACAACAUAGAAUCUCAGGUGUCAAAUGCGGUAGAUCACGUGCAAUCAGGGAACACGGCUCUUCAAAGAGCAAAGAGCUUACAGAAGAGCUCAAGAAAAUGGAUGUGUAUCGCAAUCAUCAUACUACUCAUUGUUGUCGCAGUGAUCGUUGUUGGUGUCCUCAAGCCUUGGCAAAACAAGAAUGCUUGAAGAGGAAAACAAAGCAUGUAUUAACAAACAGACAAACCAUCACUACGUUACGUACGGCUUUGAUUGAAUUGAGUGUUUGUGAAAUGUGUGAGUGAAGCUUGUGUGUUUUUUACCAAGAUACCCAAAAAAUGAAAUUCUAUAAUAUUCUUUUUCAAUUGGAUCAAACAAACCAAUUUAAUUACUCUA